AUGACCACCCAAGCAACAAGCCCAACCGGAAAGGGUCACAACGUCAUUUCCACCUCUCAAAGCUUGACGAUGCAAGCGCGCUCCUUGACCAGCGUAACCCGCUCCAUCGGUUGCAAAGCCAUCUCGAAAUCCUCUUGUAACGUCGGGACUCGGUUCCUCCACGCUCAACCAUCGCUCUCACAGUCAGAUCUACGCUUCUCCCGCCCACCUGCCACACCAGCCACUCGUAUCUCGAGACCUACCAGCGGACUCCCUACCCUCAAUACUACUCGUCUACACCGAAAUAUACACCUACAAACGAGAGCCAUGUCAUCGGACACCAUUCCCGACCGCUACAAGCUGGUCUUCUUCGUGCCCCACUCGCAUCUCGAUGCCGUCAAGGACGCCGUGUUCGCAACGGGCGCCGGCACCUUCCCGGGUGGUAAAUAUGUCAAGUGUUGCUUCCAGAUGCCCGGACAGGGACAGUUCAUGCCAGCCGGGGGCGCGAACCCGACGAUUGGCGCGGUGGGAACGUUGGAGUAUGUCGAGGAGAUGAAGGUCGAGGUGAUGUGUUUGGGACGGUCGAUUAUGUUGCAUGCGGUGGAGGCGUUGGUCAAGGCGCAUCCGUACGAGGAGGUGGCGUAUGAGGUUUAUAAGAUGGAGAAUGUAUGA